GACAUCCUCAUCUUCCUUUAGGUUGGAUGUCUGGCUUUCCCAAGGUGCCACAGUGGUGCCUGCCCAGUCCUUGGGUUGCCUUCUUUCCUUGCUAAGGAUCCCCUUACCUGAAGUUCUAGGCCACCUUUCGUGAGCUGGCCCUAUUAGAGACACAGCCUGCACCUGCACUUUGGGAAGACAAGCUUACCUGAGUAAUAGCACUUGCCACUCUUCGCAGCCUCUCCUCCUGUGAGCCUGUCCUGGGGUUGAGAACUUCGUUCCUGUCCGAAGUGGCCACGAAGAAAGGGCAGGGGCCCAUUCUUGGUUCAUAUCAGAAUCGGGAGUGCCUUAGAUGUUUCCUUGGUAACCCAGCUGGGACCCAACAUGAGUGAGGUUUCCUGCAGAAAACGGGAGGACUAUUUGGAGUGGCCUGAGUAUUUCAUGGCAGUGGCCUUCUUAUCAGCACAGAGAAGCAAAGAUCCGAAUUCCCAGGUCGGGGCCUGCAUCGUGAACGCGGAGAACAAGAUUGUCGGGAUCGGGUACAAUGGCAUGCCGAAUGGGUGCAGCGACGACCUGUUGCCUUGGAGGAGGACGGCAGAGAACAAGCUGGAUACCAAGUACCCUUACGUGUGCCAUGCGGAGCUGAAUGCCAUCAUGAACAAAAACUCUGCUGAUGUGAAAGGCUGCAGUAUGUACGUCGCCUUGUUCCCGUGUAACGAGUGCGCUAAGCUCAUCAUCCAGGCAGGUAUAAAAGAAGUUAUUUUCAUGUCUGACAAAUACCACGACAGUGAUGAGACAACAGCGGCGAGGCUCAUGUUUGAUAUGGCUGGGGUUGCAUUCAGGAAAUUCACACCCAAGUGCAGCAAGAUUGUCAUCGACUUUGAUUCAAUUAACAGCAGACCGAGUCAGACGCUUCAAUGAGUUACAUCUCUUUAAAACGCCAGAAGACGGGGGCUGUCCCCUUCUAAGGAGCUGCCGACGCCUUCCAUCUUGAAGCCAGCGCGGCGAGAGCGGACAGAAAGCCUGCAGGACGUGAAGCCUCAAAUCUCCCUUCGUCCCUCGCGGCGCACGGACUCUGCCUCUGCUAUAGGACCCAUGGAGGUGGCAUGGAGGGAGCCUGGGGCCUGCCGGCCAGGGCAGGGGCCCUGCAGAGGGGCACGGCCAUCUGUCCCCCGCCCCACUGCUGAGGGACAGACGGACAGAUGAGUGACGCUGGCUGUGUGCAUGCACCACACACCAGCAAGGACAUCUGGCCCAAAUGAAGCAUGAGCGCCAUGCCCCGGGGGGCCGCCACUGCUCACAUCGGACCUCAGCCCCAGGCCGGGCGCCUCCCCGAGCCGGAAGUACCUACUCCGUGCCUGCUGCCCCGCCACAAGGAAGAGACCCCUCCAUGGGGCCUCGGGAGCUGUGACAUUGAGCUGUUCCCAGAGGAGACAGCUAGCUGAGAGAGGUGUGGCUGGGGCGGGGCCUGCGUGCAGGGGCGGGGCCUCCUGCAGGCACUCCUCAUUUCCGCGAGGAACACUGGUUUCUGCGCCCCUGGAGGCUGCUGGUGAUGGAGCUGCUGGUGGCUGGCACUCCUCCACGCUCCUUGGCUCCUGGCGCUGCGCCUUGUCUGCGUAAAUAUCAGCUUCCUAAUCACCGGGGCUUGGGGACUGCAGGCCUGUGCACCUUGUCUUUAAUCUCAUUUAAUUUUUUAUUAAGCUCGCUCAGGACCUCUGCUGCAGAAAUGGUUUCUUUAUCCUAAAGAUUAUUACCUUUUUAAAGUGCUCUUAUACUUUCAUGAGUUUUUAUUUUGUCUCUGAGGUUUCGUACUCCAUAUUCUAGGGCAUUUUGUAAUUUGGCUCCUUACCAAUUUUAUUAAAAUCUUAUUAAGAUGUGCCGCACAGAAGUGUGUUCGUUUUAU